UUUGAUUUACUGUGGUGCGUUGAAUUGUUUGUUUGUUUAUGUUUUUAGUGUUGUUAUGAAAUGAUGCUGCGCCGACUUGUUUUUCGAAGUAGACGCUUAUUUGCACCUGAGCCUGUAGUUAACUUCGCACCUUCAUCAUAUAAAAUCUGCAGAUAUUUCUGUGAACACCGGAAUAAUUCUGUUGGAGACUCAAAGAAACAAAAUGAAGAGACUAAGAUUUCGGGGGCUUUUGCGGGCAAAUAUCGCAUAUUUAGGGAUGAGGAUUCGCCUAUAAUUCUAGAUGUUCAAGAAGAGAGACUUAUUAGUGAUGGCGUUGCCCAAGAUAUUGUAACACACGGAGACUUCGACGAAUUCUAUGGAUUAUCUCUUGCUCGAGGAGUGACUGGUGUUUUUGAAGUAGAGGAACUUGUGAGUAUCCUCAGGAGAGAGAAUAUGUUAGAUAUUUUUGUUGUGUCAGUACCCCCUGAAAUUAAGUAUGUGAAUUACAUGGUAAUAGUCACUGGAAAAUCACCAAGGCAUAUGUAUGCAACGGCAGAAUUUAUAAGAAGAGUUUUCAAAAAGAAACGACACCCACAUGAUAGAAUACCAGAGAUAGAAGGUAAAGACUCAAAGGACUGGAUUGCCAUGGAUCUAGGUAAUAUUGCAUUGCACAUUUUUUCCAAAACUGCAAGACUGACUUAUGACCUGGAAUCAUUAUGGUCUGUUGGAGCUGAAUAUGACAGACUUAGUAACAAGAAAGAUGAUCCAGUGGUGGAAUUACUCUUGCAGCAUUCUGUAUUUUUAGGUGACAUAAAGCCUUCAGAAACCAAAGGUUAACCUAAAGCAGAAAGCUGUUUUGUGCCUUUAAUUGUAGUUCACUGAGUAAAGACUGUGAUUGUCUUUUUUCUGUACAUUGCUGUAGUGAACAAUAAAAAGAUAAAUUUCCUAGGUUCCAGCAGCAUUGUCAAAUAGAUUGUUACAUAAUAUUUUGAGUGCGUGAAUUGUCUUUAGGUGCUGUGAGCAGCGAUCUCUGAUAUAAUCACUGCCAGAAACAGUAACCAAUUGAAGUCAAGACACAAUCACUUUAGUUCCAGAAGAAGCUGAGCAACCAUCAAAUUGUUUAUGAAAAAUGAAACCAAAGGACUUAACUGAAUCAGGAAAUCAUAUUUUAUCAAGAAUUGUACAUUCAAUGUAAAAUAUUUGUGUUUAAUUUAUUGUGUGUUAAUGGAUUAGGAUUGUUUGCUUCUAUGUAUAUAUUAUAUAAAUAUAUUUUUAUAACAAUCAGA